AUGAGAGAAGGCGACGCAAACGGGGCAAGCAAGGAGGAUAUGAAGCUUCAACGAGCGAUUCUUCAUGAGCAAAAGCAGGCAGAGCUCAUGGAGCGGAAGGAACAACGUGAGAAGGAAUGUUUAGAAGCUGCUCAACACCAUGAGGAGGCCAAAGCUGCAGCUGCAGCUAAACAUUGUAUAGAGAAGCAACGCACAGUUGGCAAAGAAGGCACUCACGGAGGCCUCAAAGAGGCCUACAAGAAGAUCAACAGUGGGCUCAAAACACCGUAG